AUGGCGGCGCCUAUGAACGAGUUUAAGAAGCACCGCGCAUUUUCUGUACAGUUUAUCGAUUUCUCGCGGCAUUUUCUAAACAACGCCAAAGUGUAUUUUCUCGUAGCAUUUCUCCUCGCACUGACAGCGCGCUCUUCCGGAUAUGACGACUUUCAGAGAGACGAAUUUCUUAAGAGAGAGUAUUCGCUGACCAAGCCAUACCAAGGUCUGGGCUCGUCGAGCUCGUCGCACUGGGAUUUACUGGGCAAUGCCAUGAUCACCCCCGAGUAUGUGCGCCUGACUCCGGACCUACAGAGCAGACAGGGGGCAGUGUGGAGUCGUAUCCCAUUCUACAUUCGGGACUGGGAGUUCCAGGUGCACUUUAAGAUCCACGGCCAGGGCAAGAAGAACCUGAACGGCGAUGGAUUGGCGCUGUGGCUGACCAGAGAACGCAUGCAAAUAGGCCCUGUGUUUGGAAACGUGAAUCAUUUUACUGGCCUGGGGAUUUUCAUCGACACAUAUCCCAACCACGAAAAUCAGCAUGAGAGAGUCUUUCCGUUUAUUUCAGCCAUGGUGGGAAAUGGGACUGUGGCAUACGAUCAUGAUCAGGACGGCAGGAACACCGAUCUGGGGGGCUGCCAGGCCGCAGUGCGCAACGUCGACUAUGACACGUUUGUCCUGGUCAGAUACGUGAAGAGCACGCUGACGGUGAUGAUGGAUAUAGAGGGAAAGCAGGAGUGGAAGGAGUGUGUCGAGGUCCCAGGUGUCCACCUUCCUCAAGGGUAUUACUUUGGAGCCUCAUCCCUUACUGGAGAUCUGUCAGAUAACCAUGACCUGAUCUCCAUCAAGCUGUUUGAGCUGACAAUAGAGAGAACUCUUGAGGAACUGGAGGAUGAGCAGGAGGUCCUGAUACCCAGCGUCGACCGCAGAGAGAUUCCUGUGGAGGUGGUGGAUGAAGGCAUGAGUACGCUCACCCUUCUCUUCCUGUUCAUUUUUUCUGUGGUCGGCCUCGUGGUGCUCAUCGUGGCGUCGCUCUUCAUCUACGCCCGCUGGAAGGAGCGCAGCCGCAAGCGCUUUUACUGAGUAGCACCUAGAAUGUUUUAUUAGGUUUAGAAGAUUCUUCUCACUGCUGCAUCAAACUGACUUUUUACCUCUGACACUCAAGAGCCAUACAAGAGAACUGCCUCGUCUUGAUUCUCUCAUCGAUCUGCUGAAGUUUUUCAAUAUUAAUGUGGAAAGAACAAGGUGCGCAAGUGUGUGAGUGCUUGAGAGUGUGCGUGCAAAAAUGCAAGACACAGAUUUCCUCCUGAAGUGCAUUAUACAUAUUACAGACCUAGAUAGACAACAUUGCAUGCAAUGCGAGCGAGAGUGAGUGAGUGUGUGUGUGUGCGCAGAAAUGUUUGAGAUCUGUUCCUGAACUGGAGAUGCAUAUUAAAGACUUAGCUAGGCAGCUGUAUGCUUGUGUGCUAGUGAAGCAUACUCGUAUUAAGUAAAAAAGUGGCCUUUAACUUCUUUGAUUUUCUUUAGAAAUUAGGUUUUUCAUAUUGCCUUUUGUUUUGUUGAACACUUUAGUAUUUGUCAUUUAGCAUUUGUUUGAUUAUUCGUCAAAAAGCUCAAAUCAGACAUCAAGGUCUUUAAUAUGUAUAUCUAUAAAUUUGCACGCGCACACACUCAUUUAGCUGAACUAUAAAGAAGUCUGUGUCAGAGUUCAUGUGUAUGUUUGUGAGUUAGUCAGGACCUUUUUUUGUGCCAUUUUACUCAAAAUACACCAAACAAAGUGAAAAUCGUUUUAUGAUCAAUGUGCUGGAUGGAACAAAUAGCGUUUACCGAACAAACCAGUUCACCCAUUUAUAUUAACAUCAACUUAUACCAGUUUUACUGGUAGUCAGGUGUCAGUGCUACUGUACAUACUAAACACACUCUUCCUGCCUUUUAAGCCUUAAACAGUAGGCGAUUUGCUAGCAUCGAGAAAGGAAGUCAGCUUAUUGCAAAGAUCAUAAAUGAAUAAAUAGUAACAAACGUUUGGGGUUUCUUGGGUUAAUUGUUUCUUUUUUUUUUAAAGGCUGUGAAUAGUAAUGCACUGAAUUUUGAAAAUUAUACCCCGUUAACGUUUACACAACCUCUCAAAAAUCUAUUUUAUUAAACAAAAAAAAGUGCCCCCCUUUUUUUGUUAUUUAAAUUAUAGCGCUUAAUUAAAACUUUUUGUAUAAUUUUAUUUCCUUUAAUUAUUGUUAUUUGGGUGGUCGUCAUGCUUACACAUUAUCAUCUGAUUUUAUUUUUAAAUGUAAUAAUUUGCCACUGAAAAAGAAUGAGCAUGCAUGAGUUUUUUUUUUUUUUUUUUUUAGAUUUUUGAGGUUUCUUUAAUUGGAAAUAUUAUUGGCUUAUAGUGUAUGGCUGUCACAUAAUUUUUUUUAGUACAAAGGGUGUUACCGGAUUAAAGGGAUCUUUAAAGGAAAUUUUAUUCCAUUAAAUGUUGAACAUUAUAUAGAAUAUUAAAUUCUUCAAAGUUAUAACAUACAUUAGAGCUCUAAUGUCUUAUUUUAAAAUCACAAUGCACAAAAAAAUAAGACUGAACUGGACUAAAAUUACAACAAUCUUGUAAUUACAAGAGCUGUUUGUAUAAAUUGCUAAAAGAUCAGUGAUUUCAAAAGUUGCUGGAUGAACAAUUUAGGAACAGAUAUUUCAUUUUCAUAACAAAAUCAAUUUGUCUGAAUGUUUGCUAGAAUAUUACAAAUAAAACAGAAGACAGUUUU